AUGCAGCUCAAGCCUUUGGAGAUUAACCCCGAGAUGCUGAACAAAGUGCUGUCCCGGCUGGGGGUCGCUGGCCAGUACUUCGCCUACGUUCUGGGACUGGAGGAGGAGACGCUGGGCUCCGUGCCAGCGCCUGCGUGCGCGCUGCUGCUGCUGUUUCCUCUCACUGCCCAGCAUGAGAACUUCAGGAAAAAGCAGAUUGAGGAACUGAAAGGACAGGAAAUCAGCCCCAAGGUGUACUUCAUGAAGCAAACCAUUGGAAACUCCUGUGGCACCAUCGGGCUGAUCCACGCUGUGGCCAACAAUCAGGACAAAAUGGAAUUUGAGGAUGGAUCAGUCCUGAAGCAAUUUCUUUCUGAAACGGAGAAGAUGUCCCCUGAAGACAGGGCAAAAUGCUUUGAGAAGAAUGAGGCCAUACAGGCAGCCCAUGAUGCAGUGGCACAGGAAGGCCAGUGUCGGGUAGAUGACAAAGUGAAUUUUCACUUCAUCAUGUUCAACAAUGUGGACGGCCACCUCUAUGAACUUGAUGGGCGAAUGCCUUUCCCGGUAAACCACGGCGCCAGCUCGGAGGACUCCCUGCUGCAGGAUGCUGCCAAGGUGUGCCGGGAAUUCACCGAGCGUGAGCAAGGAGAGGUCCGCUUCUCGGCCGUGGCCCUGUGCAAGGCGGCCUAAUGCUCGCGGGAGGGCCUUUGCUGUUCCCCCGCCCUUCAUCGUGAGCGUCCAUCCCGGACCGGGCCAUCUACACGCUUCAGUGGUUCUGUGUCCUGCUCCCUGCCCUGCCCUGCCCCGCCCCAUCCAUGCACUAGCUGAGUUGGUGGGGUUUGAUGUAAGCUUCAGGAGGCGAAGCAUUCCCCCCACCCCCAACACUGUAUGUCUCAUUCCUUAAUAUCUAUGCUUUACAUGGCUGUUUCGGUUUAUGUCUCUAAGUUAAGGCCUUGGAUGAGGUUGAAUUAUUUGUCCUUAAAAGGAAUAA